GUGUUAUUGCAACGCAUUUUAAGGACUUUUACCCGAAAUACCCGGUGUUCUGAAAACAGCCACACUCGUAAACCACAAUUAUCUUUUAGUAGGAAAAGUACAACAUUUCACAAUCAUGCCAGCGGUACCAGGAAGUGUGUACAACCAGAACCAACAACCCAGUUGCUUUGAUCGUAUGAAAAUGGGUUUCACGAUUGGUUUCUGCGUUGGAAUGGCCAGCGGAGCGCUAUUCGGAGGAUUUUCUGCCCUAAGAUACGGAAUGCGUGGCCGAGAGCUGAUCAACAACGUAGGAAAAGUGAUGAUACAAGGAGGUGGCACAUUCGGUACGUUCAUGGCAAUUGGAACUGGCAUUCGAUGCUAGAUUGGACAUCCCUUGGCGGGGUUUGAUGCCGUUGAUAAAAUUAAAGCUCCUACCUUUAAGAUGGUAUAUAUAAACUAGCGAUAGCUUACAC